AAAACCACUCCUGGCGUUGUGUAUCUUGGUCAUAUUCCACACGGUUUCUAUGAAGCCGAAAUGCUUUCAUACUUUUCACAGUUUGGAGAAGUUACUCGACUUCGGCUUUCCCGAAACAAAAAGACUGGCCACUCCAAGCAUUAUGCAUUUGUUGAAUUCAAGGAUAUCGAGGUUGCCAAAAUUGUAGCAGACACAAUGGACAACUAUCUGAUGUUUAAUCGAAUGCUCAAGUUGGUGUCUGCUGAUAAGCUACAUGCUGAUACCUUCAAAGGUUGCGAUCGUAAGUUCAGGGUUAUUCCAUGGAACAAACUUCAACGAGAUCGACAAAACAAGCCAAAAACAGCCGAGGAAUGGGAUACUAUUCAGACAAAGCUGGAGAAAAGAGAUUCAAAAAAACGAAAGCAAUUAGAGGAGCUUGGUAUUGAUUAUGAA